AUGGCCUCAUUCCACAUCGCCUUCCAAAGCAGACAGCUAUGGUGUACGUUUCAUGACAAACCUCUGGUGAAGGGAGCCUGCCAGAAGACUCUUGCCAACCUGAAACUGGAUUACCUGGAUCUCUACCUCAUGCACUGGCCUCUUGGGUUCAAGGCCAUGGAAGAGCUGGUGGGUGCUGGUCCGGUAAAAGCCAUUGGAAUCUCCAACUUUAACCAUGAGCAGAUUGAAAGAAUCUUGAACAAGCCAGGACUGAAGCACAAGCCUGCAAAUAGUUGGAAAUGUGAGGCUAAGCCAGAGGAUCUUUCCCUUCUGGAUGACCCUAAGAUCAAAGAGGUUGCAGCCAAGCACAACAAAACCCCAGCACAGAUCCAGAGAAAUGUGAUUGUGGUUCCCAAGUCUGCCACACCACAGCGCAUUGUGGAGAACUUCAGGUCCCCACCAGGAAAAGUAACAGCUGCAGUGAUGGCUGCUAUUGAUGCUGGGUACCGUCACUUUGAUUGUGCCUACGUGUACCAAAAUGAAAAUGAAGUUGGGGAUGGGCUCCAGCAGAAAAUCAAGGAAGGCAUUGUGAAACGAGAGGAUCUCUUCAUUGUCAGUAAGCUAUGGUGCACAUUUCAUGACAAGCCUCUGGUGAAGGGAGCCUGCCAGAAGACUCUUGCUGCCCUGAAACUGGAUUACCUGGAUCUUUACCUCAUCCACUGGCCUCUUGGUUUUAAGGCAGGAGACGAGCUGUUUCCCACAGAUGACAAAGGCAUGUCUAUACCCAGCAACACAGAUAUUCUACAGACGUGGGAGGGCAUGGAAGAGCUGGUGGACUGUGGUCUGGUAAAAGCCAUUGGUAUCUCCAACUUUAACCAUGAGCAGAUUGAAAGAAUCUUGAACAAGCCAGGACUGAAAUACAAGCCUGCAAAUAACCAGAUCGAAUGUCAUCCAUACCUUACCCAGGAGAAGCUGAUCAAGUACUGUCAAUCCAGAGGGAUUGCUGUGACAGCAUACAGUCCGCUUGGCUCUCCUGACAGGCCAUGGGCUAAGCCAGAGGAUCCUUCCCUUCUGGAUGACCCCAAGAUCAAAGAGAUUGCAGUCAAGCACAACAAAACCCCAGCACAGGUUCUUAUUCGGUUCCACAUCCAGAGAAAUGUGAUUGUGAUUCCCAAGUCUGUCACACCACAGCGCAUUGUGGAGAACUUCAAGGUGUUUGACUUCGAAUUGACUAAAGAGGAGAUGACAACUAUUCUCAGCUUUAAUAGAAACUGGAGAGUCUGUGCAAUGAGCACGUGCAAAACUCACAAGGACUACCCUUUCAAUGCAGAAUACUGA